GGUUUCCGCACGCUUACGCCUCCUUAUUGUGAUGCAAUAAGGGAUCGCAGCCACAGCAAUCAAAGCGAGAAAAGUGGCUUCCGCAGUAAGAGUUUGGUGCUGCCGCCGCAGUUCACGUGGGGUUACCCUCGAUACUAGUUGUUACAAUGGGGUCUUCACACUCGGUGGACUCCAGUAACUAUUGUUCCAAGAAGCAAAAAGAGAGUGAUGAUGAUUUGUUGGCCAAUAAAGAUCGAGAAGAAGACAUUGCCAAGUUUCCGUAUGUGGAAUUCACUGGACGAGACAGCAUCACCUGCCCCUCCUGCCAAGGCACUGGUUGCAUUCCUACAGAGCAAGCUAAUGAAUUGGUUGCUCUGAUACCGUACCAUGAUCAAAGAUUAAAACCUCAAAGAACGAAGCUCUACGUCUCUGUGUCAGUGCUGCUCUGCCUUCUGGUGUCUGGGUUGGUUGUCUUCUUUCUCUUUCCACAUUCGGUGCUUGUGGAUGACAAUGGCAUCAAAGUGGUUACAGUCUGGUUUGAUGAAAAAAACUCCCUUGUCAUUCUUGCCAUCACGGCCACCCUUCGGAUCAGGAAUUCCAAUUUCUAUUCUGUAGCAGUAACCAGCUUGUCCAGUCAGGUGCAGUACAUGAACACUGUGGUUGGGACCCAACAAAUCAACAAUGUUACUCAUAUCCAGCCACUGAGUGACCAGCUGGUGAAUUUCACCAUGAAAGCUGAAAUGGGUGGACCUUAUGUAUAUUUCUUUUGCACGCUACCCAAGAUCCGAGUACACAAUAUUGUGAUUUUCAUGAGAACCUCAGUGAAAAUCUCUUACAUUGGCCACAUAUCUCAAAGUUCCUUGGAGACCUACAAUUACGUUGACUGUGGUGCAAACUUCACAGCUGCCCAUUCUGGCCCUUAGUCCUCAACUCUAGAAGAUGAAGCUCAAAGAGGAGGACAGCUUAAGUCAGCUACAUAUACUGGUGAUCUUAACUAGCUGGCUUCCAUUACAUUAUGGUGGAAUUUCUGUCUGUUUUGAGGAAAAAGAAGAGGCUGUUUUAGCCCUUGGCAAAAUGAAAGGGCUGGGUAUGUAGCCUUCCUUCCACAAUUCUGCAUGGACAGCUGGACUGCGCCUUGGUGCUGUUUUGAAGAGAAUCUGUUUAAUUCUUCCCUCUCCAGUCCCCACCUUCUCUUCAGGCACCAGUUUGUGCUUUUUCUGUUAUUUCUCACUGACUGACCUUGCUUCUUAAUAAGAUUUGUCAAGUUUACAGGUUUCUCCAUUAAAAUUUAAGAAAGGAUAAGUUUCUGAAAACGUUUCAUUCCUUGUUUGGCUGGACUACUAACCAUGAAACAUAUUCCAGGACAAUGACCUUCUGACUUCGUUAUUGCCGAUAAGGGAGCUAAUCCAAUUGUAGAAAAGGAAAUAAUCUUGAAUAAGGAUUCCAUGUACCCUUUAAAACUUCUGCCUUGCUUAUUGUCAAAGAGAAACAAACCAAGAGUAUCUGUAGAAUAAGCCCCACUGAAACACGUGAAUGAAGCAACAGUUACAGCCUUUAUAGGUGAGAUUCCUAUAAAUGUAAUGUGGCUUUUCAUGGAUAUAAUUUUCUGUGUACACCAUUCCAAAGAGCACACUGUUGACUUAAGAAUUCUCACAUUUACUGAAUCUAUUUUGAUUUUUUUGCUUUUAAGAAUGAGCAUCAUGGAAGGGUUCAAGAUCUUCAGAUUUCUACAGAAGCAGUGAGCACUCUUUAAUCCUUGUAUCUCCAAAGUCUCUGAAUUGGGGAUUAUAAUGGCUUAGCUGGCCUUUAUUAUUAGCACAGAAGAGUUUAAUUGUUCAGGUUUGGGUAGGGAUGGGAGUAUUUUGUUUUCGGCAGAGAGAUUUAUCUUAGUGUUGCUGUGUAGUGUCUUUUCUCUUAAAAAGAUCAGUAUGGGAUAACUUCAGACAUAAAUUUAAGAAGUAACAUUAGAAUUGGAGAAAGAUAUAUCUACAGUAGAUAAUCUUUUUUUUUUCAAAUACCAGUUAUAGCAGUUCACCUUAAAAUUUUUCAGUGUUCUAACUCAUCUGCUACAGUAUCUUUAUUUGAAGAAGAAAAAGAAACCUAUUUAAACUUGAAGUCAAUUUUAAAUUUUAUUUUUUACUAUUUAAAUGAUGGGGAAUUUAUGUUCAUUUAGAAUCUGUACUUUUCAGUUUGGCAGACUGGAUUCCUGAAGGAAAGAAUAAACCCUUAAAUCUUC